AUGUUGAUUAUGCGGGCAGAGGGUGGGGGCCUUGGUUUACUCAUCCAGACAGACUGCAGCAUCCAAUUGUGGAAGAUGAAGACUGAUUGUGAUGGUGUUGCUUCAUGGGGGCUUGGAAGAACCACUGAACUGGACAAGCUACUUUCUCUGAAAUCUCAGGAGACUAACAUGUUGAUACCAGGGCUCGAGGAGGAAAAUAAUGUGGUAUUCGUGUGGGCAGAUCACAUCGUCUUAACGGUCCAUCUUGAGUCAAUGAAGUUCAAGAAGCUUUCUGGAACCUACCCCCUUUCUCAUUAUCAUCCAUUCAGAAGUGUCUACGCUGCAGCUAUCUAG